UUUAUAAGCGGGAGCAUUAUGUGAAGUCUAGACUCUAGGGCUUUAUAGUGUACCGUACCAGCCAGCAUCAAGAGCGCCGACGACGGUUCUUCUUCCCUCACACUCAUCUUUCCUACUUUCAGAAUCCGGUGUAAAGAUGAAUGUCGAGAAGCUUAUGAAGAUGGCUGGUGCCGUACGCACUGGUGGGAAAGGAAGCAUGAGAAGGAAGAAGAAGGCUGUACAUAAAACAACUACUACAGAUGACAAAAGGCUUCAAAGCACUCUGAAGAGAAUAGGGGUGAAUGCUAUCCCUGCAAUUGAAGAAGUGAACAUAUUCAAGGAUGAUGUAGUUAUCCAGUUCACUAACCCCAAAGUUCAAGCUUCUAUUGCUGCCAACACCUGGGUUGUUAGUGGUUCACCUCAAACAAAGAAUUUGCAAGACAUUCUUCCUGGAAUUAUUAAUCAGUUGGGUCCUGAUAAUCUAGACAAUUUAAGGAAAUUAGCGGAGCAGUUCCAGAAGCAAGCACCACCACCGCCAUCCGGUGCAGCUCUUGAAGAGGAUGAUGACGAUGUCCCUGAACUUGUAGCUGGUGAGACCUUCGAGGCUGUUGCUGCUGCUGCAGAGGAGGAAGCCAAGGUUUGACAUUUAUCUUCUGCAUUAUUAUUAGGCUCCUUGUAAGUCUUUUUGUUUUUAUCAAUUUUAAGUUUAUGAUUCCAUAUUUUAUUGUGAGAUUGCUAGAGUUGUUACUUUGGGGAUUCCAUCAUAUUUAUCGGCACACUUUGAAAAAGAUGAAGUAUUUUUUCUUCC